UUUUAUUUUACCAUUUUGUCUUAUUUUGCCCGUUGUACCAUUAUGUCGUGGUUUUUAGAUUUUCUUUGAUUAAGUUUGGGUCAACUUUUUUUUGUUUGGGGGUUGUUUUUUGGUUUGUUUUCGGUUUACCUUUGUUUUAUACGUUUUUUAAAGUUCCUUAUUACCUAUUUUUAUACUCACUUAGAGGGUUGUCGGUUCUGGAAAUUCUUCGUAUAUCCGAAACCGAACCGAAGGACCGAAUCGAAAAAUCCUCGUUUUUUCGGUUCGGUUCAGUCCAGAACCGACAACCUUAUUUAAUAAAAUCAAUUUUUAGAGAUUUAAACAAUGAAAUUAAACGUUGCAUAUCCAGCAACUGGCGCACAAAAAACUUUUGAGUUGGAAGAUGAGAAGAAAUAUCGAAUCUUCUUUGAGAAGCGUAUGGCUCAGGAAGUUGAAGCUGACCCUUUGGGUGAUGAAUGGAAGGGUUAUAUUCUUCGUAUAACUGGAGGAAAUGACAAACAAGGAUUUCCAAUGAAGCAAGGAGUUAUUACAAAUGGACGUGUUCGUCUACUUUUAUCUAAAGGACAAUCUUGUUAUCGUCAACGUAGAAAGGGUGAACGCAAACGAAAGUCUGUUAGAGGAUGUAUUGUUGAUGCAAACUUGAGUGCUUUGGCUUGCAUUAUUGUUCGGAAAGGUUUGGGUUUUUUAAAAGGAAUUUUAAUAGUGAUGUGGGUGAGUCUUUUUAGAGUAAGCCUUAGAUGUUGAAUUUUUGGUGGUUGAGGAUUUC